AUGGCUGCUGUUGCUCAUCCUCGAUUUGAUGAAAAUGGAAUUGAGCUAUUUUCUGGAAAAAUGGGUAUUUUUCCAUUUGUAGUUAAGGAACCAGCUAAGCGGAAUAGCAAAAAUCGAAAAGCAAGAACUCUCGAAACAAAACCUAUUCUAUCAGUAACUAUAGAUAUCACUAGGGCUUGUUUGAUUGAGAAAGUUCUUCCUGCCAUUAGAUCAAAAUGGCCAGCUUCAGAUUCAAACAUUCCUAUCUUUAUACAACAAGAUAAUGCAAGACCACAUAUUGGUGUCAAUGAUUUGGAAUUUGUUGAGGCUGCCCAAAAAGAUGGAUUCGACAUUUGUCUAUGUUUUCAACCACCUAACAGCCCUGAUUUAAAUGUGUUGGACCUUGGAUUUUUUAGAGCAAUCCAAUCUCUUCAAUAUCAAAAGGCUCCUUCAAAUGUUGAUGAAUUAGUGGAAGCGGUGGAAAGAUCUUUUGAUGAAAUGAAGGUUGAACAACUCAACCAUGUAUUUCUUACUUUACAAUCUUGUAUGAUUGAGGUGAUGAAAGAUAAUGGAGGCAACAACUACAAAGUGCCUCAUUUGAACAAAAACAGAUUAGAAAGAGAAGACAAUCUUCCUCUUCAACUUUGUUGUGAUAUUGGUAUUGUCAAUCAUGUUUCAACUCUACUUCAACAAUGA